CCACUUCCCGGCUACCCCCUCUCCUUCCUUGCCGCUUGCUUCCUUGUGACUUGCGUCUGGGUCCCGAGGAGCGACGGGCGUCAACAUCGCCACAUGGAUCGCAUACCUGUGUGAUACCCAAUGUUUUUUCUUGUCUCGCUGGCUUCCAUUGAGGGUUUGUCCCGCAUCUGCAGAAGAGCAGCUUUUCGGAAAAGCGAAUCUCGUCCACCCAUCUUUGGCUACAGUUGGUGCCAUUAUACCGUUUUGCGCACUGCACAUUUGACGCGACAUAACGCCCAAACGCCCCGACUCAUACACCGAGGCCUUCCUCGCCAUUGCUUCCCUGCGUCGUUGCCGCCCGUGCCAUAUUGCGCCCCGAAAGCUGCUGUCAGGUUCCGUUUUCCGAGCGCAAUUCCAAGGCCAGAAAAGCCGCUCGUCCAUCCUCCUCCAUCCCCCGCCAUAAAAGUCGUCUUGCCCCAAAACCGACGCCGAAGAUUAUUGCACCAGCAAAACCAAAGUCAAACUCGACCUAAGCCUUACAUCACACCGAAGGUGCGGCUGAACCCCCUCUCUAGCUAUCUCGUUGCGAGCAGCGAGCCCGAUUGGCACUCCCACAGCCUCCGCCGCGGCGGCCUAACACACACGUAGCCUCAUGCUCGCAUAGCGUGCCGACUGCCGCCUGACGUUGAGUCGUGGUCCCCUGUCUCGCCUCGACAUACCUACUAGCUAGGUACUCCAUCCAGCUCCCCCCCUUCUCUCUCUCUUCAACCCCCAGUAACCCCCCACCCAGCAACUUCAUAUAAUCCAGCACAAUCGAGUCGUCCCCAAAUACUGGUUUCCUCCUUUUUCCUUAGAUUCGAUUGCCCAACGUUCGCAUCAGAAUCACAAUGGCAUACAACAGACCCUACAACCCCGACGAACUUCCAAGGUAUGUUUCACGAGGUUC